AUGGAUAAGGAGCCACAUAACAACCAUGAAAUCAGCAACAAGGUUUCUAGUUUGAGAGAUGGUGAUAGAGACAAAAACCUAGAAUUGGAUGGGUCUGGUUCCUUGUUAUUGAGAGCUAGCUUGGAUGGAUUCAGACAAUCGACGAUGUCAGAUUUAGGGUUGCAAUGGGGGAACAAGAAGCGAUUAAGGUUUAUGAAGAACCGAGAAAGAUGCUUCAAACCGAGUAACGGGUAUCCUAGUCUCCGUCAACGCGCUCCUUCUCCGCAGCAACCUCCUCCGAGGAUUCUCAGGAACAACACAGAGAUUUCAGGUACCAUGAGAGGAACACAAACCCAAAUCAACGGAAGUGUAAGAGGAAUUGGUUCACCAGAGAGAGGUGCGCAGGAUAAAAGAGGGACCCACACCCACCUCAAUGACAAUAAUAACAACAACAGGUCUGCAGGUUCCUCUGAUAACGCUUUGGAUGGCAAGAAAGGUGGGGGGUCGUCUUCAGGGAGUGGUGAUGCGACUCCAGCGGUGUGGCCACCAAAGUUUGUGAUUGCCUUGACUAACAAGGAGAAGGAAGAAGAUUUCAUGGCUAUUAAAGGCUCUAAGCUUCCUCAGAGACCUAAAAAAAGAGCCAAAUUGAUACAAAGAACCCUCAAUCUUGUAAGUCCAGGUACAUGGCUAUCCGAUCUGACUUUGGAACGGUAUGAAGUUAGAGAGAAGAAAAUAACCAAAAAGAGACCAAGAGGGUUAAAAGCAAUGGGUAACGUGGACUCCGAGUCUGAAUAG